AUGGGAGCUGUGACUUCCACUCAAGUAGCAACAACUUUCUUUGAUAGCCAAAAAGAAACUCCAUCUCCAAUUCAGCUUGAGUUUAAUCAUGAAGUCUCUAAAAGAGUAACAGAUGAAGGUGUCAAGCUUAUGCCUGGUGGUGAUGCAAUGAGACCAAAUGACUGUCCAAAACAUCAAAUAGGAGAUGGUAAAGGUGUAGCAGGCAAGCUGCGGAUUGUUGAUGGUGGGGAGACUUCUUCUAAGGAACACACUCUAUUUGGGCCAAAUUCUUUUUUGAGCAGGAGUGAAGCUUUAAGUGGUUCACAAAAGUCGGCGAUUUUAACACCUCUCAUUGACCAGACACCUUUACUUCAGACACCUUUACCUCAGACACCUUCACCCAAAACAAUUCCUCCCCAAAUACCAUUGCCUAACUUACCAGUACUAAGUGAAUGUCCUAUGCACAAAGAUCAGGAUCUUAAACCUACAUCAUCUGUAUCACAAGUUUUUCCUAUCAAAGAUAAUUCUUUUGAAAAAAUAGAAAGAGUGAAACCUUUGAUUGAGGUGAAACAGGAUGCCUCGCCUAUCAUAGAAGUUGGAAAAACGGUUUCUCCCCCUAAAGAAAUGAGUCAAAAACUUGCCUUAUCAUCUAUUCCUAGCGAAUGCCCAAUGGGUCAUGGUAAUAAUCUUAAUCUGCCUAGCGAGUGUCCAAUGAGUCGACAGGAGCCAAGUGGCUUAUUGACUUUAGAAGGAUACAACAAAGAUAACAUGGUAAGUAAAGUUAGAAUCCAUAUUUAAGCAGUGCAAAAGGUUGUUCAUUUUUUAUUAAGGAUGUACUGUCAUGUGUAGAAUAAACAUGGGCCAUGGAGUCUGAAGGGAAUCUAUUUCAUCUAUCUAGAUAGGGCUUUUAAAGAGUUAUUUUACUUCAAUAUCAAACAAGUCUUACAGAUUAUAUCUCUCAUGUGAUAAACACUUUUUCCAGUUCUCUUUAUGUUCUUAGUUGUACAUUUGUAGAUUUGUUUAAAUUGGCCUAACCAUGAACCUAUCUGAAUACCGGUGUGUUGUAUUAAAUACUUUUAAAACUUCACUUUACUUACUUAUGUCAUUUACUUUUACUCCGUCUCGGACAUAGGCCACAUACAAGAAGCUUCCAUUCAUCUCAGUCCUGUGCUUUUUUUCCCAAUUGUUUCCAGGUGUAUCUAAUACUUUGUGUAUCUACCUCUAGCUCGCGUCUUCUUGUAUUUUUAGGCUUUCCUCUCUUUCUUUUUGCCUGUGGAUUCCAUUAGAAAUCGUCUGGUGAUGUUAUCUGGGGGUUUACAAAGUUUGCUCUAUCCACCUCCGUCUAUUCCUUAUGAUAUCUUCAGCAAUAGGCUCCUGUUGUGUCCUUUCCUGCAAGUCUUUGUUGGUGAUGUUUGGCCCUUUGAUGUUCAGAAUCUUUCAAAGGCAUGUGUUUAUGAAGGUCUGUACUUUCUGCGUGAUGCUGGCUGUUCUUCUCCAAGUUUCAGUUGCAUAGAGUAGGACUGUUUUGACAUUUAUUUUCCGAAUUCUGACUUUGGUUUGCAGAGUCAGCUUCUUUGAUUCCCAUAUUUUCUUUAAUAGCACAAAUGCUGACCUAUCGUUUCCAGUUAUAGCCCUGACAUCUGCUUCGGAUCCACCAUUUAUGUCAAUGGUGCUGCCAAAGUAUGUGAAGGCCUCCACUUCUUCCAGUGCAUUUCCUAUCAGAAAAAUAUGCUCUUUGUUUUUUCUAGGUUUACCUUCAUGAUCUUUGUCUUGCUUUUAUUCAUAAUGAGUACCAGCUUUGCUGAAAUGGUCUCUAUGUCUGUCUUUUUCUGCAUUUGUUGCUGGUUGUGGGACAGGAGUGCAAUGUCAUCUGCAAAGUCUAGGUCAUUCAGUUCCCAGGGUAUUCACUGUAUUCAGCUCCUAUUUUUGUUUGUUGAUUUUUUUCAUUAUUCAAUCAAUGGCAAGAAUGAAUAGAAAGAGGGACAAGAGACAUCCUUGUCUGACUCCUAUUUUCACUUAAAAAGUAUCUGUGAGUCUACUUAUGUGUACCACCCUGCAUGGAUUUCUUUAUAAGAACUCUGGAUAAUCCUGGUACCCCAUGAUGCCUUCCCUAUUUUGAGCUGCUUGGUAGCCAGGGCUAUUUCUUCCUUAUUUGGGGCAGUCUCUUCAGUUUGUAAAGCUUCAUUUGUUGGUUGUAUAUCUUGUGUGUCUGUGGGUGGAGGUCUGUCUAAUAAUUUCUUUAAGUAUUCCACCUUUUUGUGUUUUCCUUUUCGUGGCAUUAUUGGUCUACCCUCAUGGUCUUUAACCGGUCUCUAUGGCUUCUUGUAUCCUUCUGAGAUUUUUCUUUUUAUGUUCCCCUUUAUGGCUGCUUCUUCUGCUGUUUCAUUUUGCUCUGUUUGAAUAAGUUAUUUCAUGAUAAAUUGGGACUUUAUAAGAUCUCAACUAUUCAUUUCAGAUGCCUCCACCUAAUCAGCGACCAGCACCUGAUCAGCCAUUCCCAUUGCCCACUGAGAGAGUUGUCUCUUCCAUACCUAAAGCAGGAACAGAAGAACACUGGGUAUAUCCAUCACCUCAAAUGUUUUGGAAUGCCAUGUUGAGAAAAGGUAGUGAGUGCUCUGUUGAUUUUUAAUUUAAAAAAGACAAAAGAAAGAAAUAAUUCUUUAUGCAAAAGGGUUAUUAUAAAAAGAAAAAAAACACAAAAGAUAUUAUUUUAUAUGCAAAAUUGUCUGCAUUUCCUUACUUGAUAUAAAAGUGUUUUUAAUGCAUGCGGUUUAAAUUAUAAAUACUUUUGAAGAUGUCUGUCCCAAAUUGUUAAGCCUGCAUAUUAGAGUUUAUACUUCAUAAUAACAAUUAUCAGUCAAAUACUACAUUGCCUCUUUAUCAUACAUUUGGCUGAUUCAAAGAAUUUUUAUUAGUUUUAAUUUCUUUUUACGUAGUCCAUGAUUUUUAAAUGUUCAAUAACUGAAUUAUUUUUAACCUACAGGAUGGCGUUGGAAAGAUGAUGAAGUCUCUCAAAAUGAUAUGGAAAAUAUUAUAAAUAUCCAUAAUGCUAAUAAUGAGCUUGCUUGGAGAGAAGUUCUUAAAUGGGAAGCUCUUCAUGCAGAGUAAGUUAUACUUUGUCUCUGCUGUAAUGUUUUGUUAAAUAAUUGAUCUGUCAUUAAAUGGACACAACUUAGCAGGCUGCUCCAACUAAUUUAUUUUAGUUGACAGUGACAGUGCAAUGCUUAACUCAAGACUUCGGUUACCGUAAAUUUGUUUGAAAGAAAUUUGUUGACUGAAAAUUGAUGACGGAAGUUUGAUCGAACUGAAAUUUGAUCCAACUGAAGUUUGGUAGAUUUUUUUUCAGUUCACACGAUCUAAUUUUGCGUCACAUUUCUUUUUGAACACAUUAUUUUGUGUUACUAAAUGGUAUAGUGCGUUCCAAAAGAAAUUUGACUAAAAUUUAUUAGUGUGAACUUGAAGAAAAAAAAUUCUACCAAACUUACGUUCAAUCAAUUUUCCGUCAACGAAAUUUCUUUCAAACAAAUUUCCGGACACGCAAGCUGCUGUAGUUUGAAAUUGGUAAACCUCAAUUCUAGUAAGCUUUUGAUAGGCAUAAAUUUUAAAGCAAUCAAUUCUGCCAUUAUAGAUUUCAUAUCUUCUUUCUUUUAAGUGAAUGCCGAGAGCCUAAACUAAAAAGAUUUGCUGGUUUUGCUACAAAAUAUUCUCCAAGAGCAAGACUCCGAUCAUGGAUGGGGUAAGUAAACCUUCAUCAUGAGAUGCUUGUUAAUAAUUUUCAUAUUAUUUUUGUCUCAUUAGAUAAAACCUACCAGAGUGAUGAAAUUUUUUUAUGAUUAAAAUAACUAAACAGAAAUGUAAAAAUGUGUAAAUAUACUUUAUUAAAUCUUAAUGUACUCACUGUACAAGAACUGCAGUGUUUUUGUUAAUUAACCACACUUGGCAGUGUGGUAAUUUGUCUGCCCUAUAACCAGGGAUUACUAGCUAAAUGAAUGAACAUUCGUUCUUUGUGUAAAAUGAGUAAAACAGAGUAGGGUUAAACCUGAAAAAAUAAACGCAACAAAACAGCGAACGUGUCAGCGAACAAAACAACAGAAAAAACGGUAUAAAAAUUAGAAAUAGCACGUAGCUGGUAAGUAGUAUCUGUGGGCAGCAAUAGAGUGUCGAAUGUACAACCGUGUUGUCCAAAUGUUCUGUCCAGGUGUGUUCCAGUCUCUCCCCUUAUUACCCCUUUCUUUGCGUAAUGCAUUUUAAGAAAUGUUUAAAUAUUCUCUACUUUGUAGUGGUUUAAAUGGGUCUUUAGUUUUAUUUUCAUUUUUUUUUUUGUGUGUGCAUCAACUCUUGCUAUCACAUAUAAUGUUUGUAUAUUAUUAAUUAUAUGUUUUAUUUUUAAAGGUAUGAACUUCCAUUUGAUCGCCAUGACUGGGUAGUUGAUCGCAAUGGUAAAGAAAUCCGCUAUAUUAUAGACUAUUAUGAUGGAGGAAAAAUAAGCAAAAAUUAUGAAUUUGCAUUGCUGGAUGUUCGACCAGCACUAGACUCAUUUGAGGCCUUCAAGGAUCGUAUGAGAGUAGCAGUUUGGAGAUGGACAGCAGCAAGAAAUGAAUUGGAUCUACAGCAGUCUGGUGAAACUCCAGAUAACAUUAAAUCGGCUGAUCCGCUCAACUUUAGGAACAUUUCUGAGGGUGCCAAGGAAAAAGAACAGAAGCCCUCUCGAUUUAUGUCACGCAGUCUCAGCGAUGUUCAAAGUGCCCAAGACAAGAAGAAUUCUGUCAGCUGAGAAGUGUGGGAUAAUUAGAGAGGAUCGGUCCCAAUAUCUGGAUGAGAGAAAUUAUCGCAGGUUGCAGAUGCGUUCAAGAAUUAAGCUUACUCAAAAUUUACACAUUUUUAUUUUUUUUAGUAUCAAUGUGAGAUGUUCAACUGGAAUAUAAACAAUUGACAAGAUGGUUUUUUGGGGCUUUUUUUGGUUUUUUUUUUUAUUGGAUUCUUGUUUUCUUAAAGAAUUGCACUGCUCUAACACCAAAACAUAUGUAUAAUUACCCAAUAGCAGAUUUUUAUAUUUAUAAGUAUUUAUUGUUUCAAAAGCAUUUUAAAAAAUUUUCAUAAUGCACAAGAUAAUUUAUAAAAAUCAGGACUUUGGAGUUGAAUUCAGAGCAGGGGCUUUUUUUUUUCCACCAGACCUACUAUCCUCAUGAUGCCGCCAACCCGCCCCCCUCCCUUUCCAGACCUAGAGCACCAUCUCCUCAGUUAACCUGUAUGCUUCACUCCUAGUCCCACCUACCGACACUCUUUUCCCACUCUCCCGACACUCUUUUCCCACUCUCCCCUUCACCUCCUCACCCUUGCCCUGUACCUGCUGCUUUGUACCAUUACUCAAGAUACUGUCCUCAUCACCACACUUCAUUCCUUGAACUAGGUCCCUGUCCUAACCCUCCCAUACUAUCCAAUAAAGCCCUGAGUGGGGUCAGAGCUCCAGAAAAUUACUACUCCAAAAGCCUGAUAAUAUUCAUAACGGCAUAUAAUUACAAUGAUACAUUUUUCAUAUAACCCAAGCUAAUUACAUGUGUUUCUUUACAGCUGAACCUAGAAAACUGCAUCUUGUGAUUAUCUCUGGAAAAGACUGGUUGUACAUUUAAAUUAUGUUUACCGGUAUUAAUUGAGCUUUGAUGCUAUCAAGUCCAUUCAUAUUAAACAAUUGUUGGACAUUGAAUGCACAUCUAUGUUUGUGAUAACAUCUGAAAUUAAGUGAACUUGAUGCAUAAGAUAAGAGUAAUCAAUAAACAAGUUUCAAAAUGCAAAGCUUUUGUGUG